AUGACAACUGUUAAAGAAGAAGAAGAUAUAUUUGAAAUAGUUGAUUAUACAACUGCAUCUGAUUGGGAACGAUUUAUUGCAAGAAUAGAAGAAAUUCUUUCAGAAUGGAAAUUAAAUGGUCCUGAAAUAUCGAAUACAGAAGUCGAUUUUGCUGAUGGAGAAUGGGCUGAACGUAAUGAAGCACUUGAAUUCGGAGAUCGUUCUUAUACAAUCACUCAUUUUUCAUUACGAAUACCUGGAACUACUUCAUCAUCAUCAGCAGCAGCUGAAAAUAAUUCACAAAUGACAACGUCUUCAACAUUUGAAAAACAAACAUUCAUUCCACCAAGAGCAAUGGCUGAUAUGAUGUCAAGACGAAAUGAUUUUCCAUCUCGUUCUCCCUAUUUAUCGCAUUGGUAUGGUCUUCGAGAAUUUUUAAUUCUAUCACCAAAACGUAAUACUGAUCCUAUAACAGAUGAAAGUCGAGCUAAUCUUUUACUAAGUUCAACUGCUAUUGCUGUUUCAAAUGUUGGAUGUAAUGUACCAAUAUUUAUUCGUGCUCAACAUGAAUGGCGUAACAUGUUUAUUGGUCUUUGUGAAGGAUCAGGUCUUCGAACACAUUUUAAUAUAUGUUAUUUAAAAAGUGCUCCUCAUCAAUAUCGACAUUUAGCUGGUCUAUUAGAAAUAUUUAAAUCAAAAUUAGGUUCGCAAAUUCCAAAUGAUACAGUUAUUAUGGUUGCUGUUCGAUUUACUUAUGUAUUAAGAGAAUUCGAAUCAACAUCAAGUCGUCAAGCUUUACCUCAAGAUGAAGCAGGCAUGCCAAUAUUAACUAGUCUUCCAUUUGGGUCGAUUUGUGAUCCAGUUAGUGGUCUUCAUCUUUCGUGUACAUGGCCAAUAUUUUCUGAAGAAGUUGUUACUGAAAAUGAUGAUUGUAAUGACUUCGAUCCAUUACUUUCUCAACAAUGGGCUAUUGGUGUUACUUUAUCAGAAGAUUUACCUGCGUUAUUGAGUGAUGCAGUUCAAAAAUAUAUAGCUUUAUCGACAAAAAGAGAAACAAUUGAACAAUUAUUAGGAAAAAUUCAAAAUGCUGAUGAAACAUCGAACAAUUCAAUGAAUAUGGCUGAGCCAAUAAAAAGAAUAUCUGAUAGUCGUACACAACAAUAUUGGACAUCAAUUUCAUCUUCUAUUUCGAAUACAACAAAUCGUUUACGUGUUAAUAUUUUUAAUCCACCAUUACCACCAAAUGUUGUUGAAAAAACUACAGAUUAUCUUUUCAAUGAACGUCCAACAUUUGAAAGACGACGAUCAAUUGUUGAUGAAUUACCAAAUGAUACGGAACGAAUACGUCAAUUAAAAUCAGUACCAAAAGAUAGUUUUGUCUAUCGUCUUGUUGUAUGUUUUACUGCAAUCUGUAGUUUACCGUCUAUUAAUCAUUUACGUUCGAUUGCUCAUUUAUGGUUUGAUAUUGUUCAAGAACUUCGUAGAUAUUGGGAAACAGGAAAAUUAAUUCCUGGAUUAGAAUCUGGUUCACCAAAUUUAUCAUUUUCAAAAUUUUAUCAAAAUUUACAAAUGCUUAAUUGUUGUAUUGAACAUCGUUUACGGCAUCAAAAUGAUACAACAAAUAUUGAUAAUCCAAUAGAACAAGAUGAUGAUGAUGAGCAAUUUUAUGAAUGUUCAUCAAAUAUUUCACCGUCAAAAUCAAAUCAAACAGAAUCACAACCCGAAGGUCGUCUUAAACCAUAUGGAGAUUUAAAAUUACUUCAUACAAAUGAAAUUCUCUAUGUUCCAAUUACUCAGGAAUGCCCACCGGCAACAGAAGAUAUGCUUGAUGAACAAACAAUUGUAUUAACUAGUUUGGGUUCUGGUGAAGAUGCUACAUUAUUACGUGCAAAAAUGCAAAGUCGAUCACUUUUAUCCGAUAUGGAAAGCUUUAAAGCAGCAAAUCCAUUAGGUACAAUAGAAGAUUUUGUACGAUGGUAUUCUCCACGAGAUUGGAUCGAAAAUGAAGAAAUUGACAAUGAUGGAAAUAUUCAAAAACAUUAUUCACUUAGUCCACGUAUGCAAUUACCAGAUAAUUUAUGGGUAGAAGUAUGGCAACAAGCACGUCCGAUACCUGUUCGACGUCAAAAACGUUUAUUUGAUGAUGGAAAAGAAGCAGAAAAAAUUCUUCAAAAAUUCUCAUCUUUAUCACCUGGUGAAAUUCUUGAACAAUUAAUACCAGUACUUUUACAUACUAUAUAUGAUCGUAUUGCUAAAGAGAUUGAAGAUACAGAAGUGCCAAAUGCAUCAGCUAUUUUGGAAAAUCUCUAUGCAAAAGAAGUUCUUAUUGUCAAAGGAAAAGAUGAACGGAAAAAGAAAUUACAACAAGAUUUUGUUGAAUGUCUUACAUCCAUCGAACAAUAUAUAUGUCGAUUUCAAUCAUUUAAACAAAAACUUUUUCCUUCAGAUCUUAAUGAUCAAGAGAAAGAAGAAAUGAUUCAACUUAUUACAGAAUUACAUACACGUCCUGAAAUAUCUGUACAAGGUGCUGCAAAUGGUCGACUUGGAAAAAGAUUGGUAUCUAUGUUUACUAAAACAAAAUCAUCAACAAAUCAAGGUAAUAACAAUGAUUCAACAGAAGUUAAAAAUCAAUUUAUGACACCAGCUGGUAAAGAAUAUAUUCUUCGUGCAUCAAUAGCUCGACCAUCUCAUUCACGUUCAAGACCAUCACCACAACGAAUGUAUUGCAUGUUAGCACAAGAUGAAUUUCGAUUAUGUGGAGCUUUCUCUGAAGAUACAACAUUUUUUUAA